CACCCCCGCCUUUAAAACCUCGCACCAACCAGCGAUCUAAUACAACCGGGAGCAAACGAUGCUCUUCCUCACCUCGCUCUUCUCGCUGCUUGCCGGCACGGCCUUCGUCCCCGCCGCGCGCGGGCAGGACAUCAUCCAAUUCGACGCGGCACACAACGCAUCGCCCAUCACCGGAACCUGGACUACGGGCAGUCGGGCGGUCGUCACUGGCUCUGGCUUUGCCAACCCGGCCAACACGUCCUUCACCUACCCCAACACCACCGGCGUCUCCUACUCCUUCUCGGACGACGGCUUCUUCGAGGUUGCGCGCUACCGCUUCAACUCGAACGGCUCCGAGCCGACCUGCAUCACCGGCGUCGUCCUCUGGUUCCACGGCACCUACGACCUCCUCCAGAACGGCUCGAUCGUCCUCACCCCCUUCGGCGACGGCUACCAGCAGAUCCAAGACCCCUGCGCGGCCGUGUCCAACUUCAUCGAGGACUACAACGACACCGAGCUCUUCCAGUCCUGGCGCAUCUUCGAGGACCCGACGGACGGCUUCAAGCUGCACCUGUUCGAGUUCGACGGCACGCCCGUCGCGCCGCAGUUCCAGGUGUCGAGCACGCCCAACAUGCUCCCGCCGCAGAAGCUCCGGAACGUGUCCUCGUCGGCGUCGACGACCACGACGUCGACGACCUCGCGGAAGGCGAAGCGCAGCGGUGCGGAGGGCCGCGACCCUCGGACGGUCGCGUGGCUCGCGGCGACGCUCGUCGGUGCCGCGGUGGCGUCGGUGCUCCUGUGAUCGAGUCGCAUUCUGCAUUCUCCGUACACGACGUUAUUUCUCUCUCCAUCUCUUCUUCUUUUACGUCUCGUGCAUCGGACCUUUGGGACCCAUACAUACUCCAACUAUAGGCUGCGCCGCGUCUCAUUCGAAUACCCGCCACCACGAACAGCGCGGUCAGCUCCGUCGCUCUUUUCAACACCCAUACCGUCGACGCAUGUUUCAGUAGCUUAUAUA